AUGACCGACGUAGAGAUGGCUGAUAAUGGUAACACCACGGAGGAGGUGAAAGUGGUAAGUAUACGAGUUUUUGAAGGGGUUUUUGGUUCGUAUUUAAUACCUAAAAUUGUGUUUUUUGAUGUAUUCAAGGUUUUAAAAUGCAAGUGGUUUGGUUUACUCGUUAAUUUACAACUUUUUGGAUUAUUUUACUCAUGAUUUUUUGAUAAACAUUUACCGAACAUUUUAAGCUGUUUUAUAUUGUUGUUUUUUCAGCCUUUUGAAGGAACUACUCAAGAACAUUUGACUAAAGUGUGCACUGAAAAGAAGGUCAACAGCGAUGUGGCCAAGGCUUUGUCCGAGCUUUUCGAGGCCUUGAACUUGACUUUGGAGGACUUUGACGAAAGAGUCAUUGAAGCUUUGGCUAACUUCCCAGUUGAACAUGGAAAGUUUAUCAUCAGCGAGAUUAAGGUAUGUUUUGUCCUUCUUGUUUGUUUUUAGGUAAUAUAGAGGUGUUGACUGUCUUGAAGGUUUAAAUUUUUUGUUAGAUAUCUCGAGAAAGUUAAAAUUUGGUGAAUUAAGUUUCUGAUAGAAUAUGAUAAUCUAAAAUUUUAUAAAAUACGUUUAUUCAAUUUUGAUCUAACUUUUAAUAGCUCGAAACAGUUUUUUCAUGAGUUUAAUCUUUUUUAUUUUAGAAAUCCGAGUUGUUUGGAGUUCAAAACCGACCCCAAUUCUUGAUGUCCGUUAUGCGCAACUUCAAGGACAAGGUCAGACAAGUCGGAGGGUCUGAAGCCACCAAGACCUCAUUGAUCCCAGGUCCAUCUGUCGAGAGCCUGAAGAAGUUGAUUGCUGACACUGGUUACAGCCUUGAAGUCACUGUUGGGCAAAGAAAGUUCCACGCUCCAGCUGAUGUUGCAGCCCCAACUCAUGGCCACGAAACCUUCAUUGGCCAAAUUCCAAAGGAAUUGUUUGAGGACAAGGUCUUCGAGAAGUUCCAGGAGAUUGGCAAAAUCUACGACAUCAGACUCAUGCUGGACCCAAUCAUGGGACGCAGCAGAGGCUAUGCUUUCUUGGUAUAUCUUCAAAAAGAGCAUGCCCACGAGGCCGCUAAGAAGGUAAUUUAUUUACUUUUCAGGUUUUGUAAGUUCAUUUAGAUUAUAUUGUAAUAACUGUAUGUAAAUUAUAUUGAUCAUCAAUUAACUUCAAAAUUCAAAAACAACACAUUAAAAUUAAACUAAAACUAACGGGUCAAAAGCAACAAGACCGAUCCCACCAAAACCCGGGAGGUCUUGAAACCAGUCAAAAACAACACAAAAUUGACAAUUUGGUGAAGAAAGUUAACCAGAUUUGGUUUUACAACUUUUUCUACAGAUUUCGCUCAAGCAUCGGCGAUUGAGUGAAAUAGUCAAAUUCCAAAUUCAAAGCACUUUUCAAUUGAUUUUAGUUUGACGGACACGAUAUUAUUCCGGGAAAACCGCUGAAAGUCAACGUUUCUGUGGCUAAUCGCCGACUUUUCGUUGGGAAUAUUCCUAAAUCCAAAUCCAAAGAAGAUAUUCUUGAAGAGCUUAAAAAACAUCCAGGUAAAUCAACGUUUUGGACACGACUUUUCGGACGUUUUUAUACAUUUUUCGGAGUUUUGUGAUGUUGAAAGGGUGAAGUGUGUGGCCUAUGUUAAUAUUCUUGUUUUAGAGCUGGAGAAUGUCACCGACGUCAUCAUCUACAGCUUCCCUGAUGCCACCGAGAACAAAAAGAACCGAGGAUUCUGUUUUGUUGACUUUGCUGACCACAAGUCCGCAUCUGAUGCUCGUCGCAAGCUGAGCGGAGGAAAGGUACGGGUAUGGUUUUAAAUCUUUUACGCACAACCUUCUUGCACCUAUACCUUUAACAUUCAUGGAGCUUUUGAUUAUAAUUUUAAAUUAAAUGCUAGCAAUUUUAAAGUUUUUAUUUCUUUUGUUUUAGGUUCGACCAUUCAACAGCGAUCUUGUCGUAGACUGGGCUGAACAACAAGCCGAGCCUGAUGAGCAAACCAUGUCCCAAGUUAAGGUGCUUUAUGUCAAGAACCUGAAGGAAGCCGUCACCGAUGAAAGGCUGAACGAGCUCUUCAAGGAAUACGGUAAAAUCGAAAGAGUCAAGAAAAUCAAGGAUUAUGCCUUCAUUCACUACGAAGAAAGAGAAUCAGCCAUUAAGGUAUGCUUCAGUUUACAUUUCUUGUCGCUAUGUUUUGUGAAUGCCCGUUUGUAAUAAUAUUAAAGCCUUUUAAAAAAUAAACUUUGUUUGCAGGCUUUGGAAGCCAUGAACGGGACAAAGAUUGACGACGUUGAAGUAGACAUUAGCCUGGCCAAGCCUCAAGGAGACAACAAAAUGAAGAAGAAGACCUUCCCUAACAAGUUCCCAGGUCCACCAGGAAAGAAAGGUGGUAUUCCUGGUGCUUUUGGUCCUAAGCGUGGUGGAGCUUCGGCCCGUGGAUCCUACGGAGGACCACCAUACGGAUCUUUCCCACCAGCUCCAGGAUACGAUCCCUACUACGGUGCUGCUGCGCCUGCUCAAGGUUACUACCAAGGUGGAUAUGAUCCAUACUACCAAGCUCAAGACCCAUACUAUGGAGCUGCUGCCGGAGGUUACCCACCAUCUGGCUACGGAACCGCCUACGGAGGUAUGCCAGCAGGCUUCAAGGGACGCCCGCCAAUGAGAGGCGGUGGCAUGAAAGGACGAGGAGGAAAGAGGCCCGGAGGCAGCUUCGACGGCCCAGCUGUGAAGCGAGGCGGCCGAGCCUUGGAAGACUUCAGCUCGGACGUCGCUCCAAGUCAUUUUUAA